CUGCUCGUCUCGUCCGCCGCCCGGCCCGGUACGGCCGCUGCCCGCCAUGAGCGACAAGGGCGAGCUGGACCUCACCGGCGCCAAGCAGAACACGGGCAUGUGGCUGGUGAAGGUCCCCAAAUACUUGUCACAACAGUGGAGUAAAGCUUCAGGAAGAGGUGAAGUGGGAAAACUAAGGAUUGUCAAAAAUCAAGGAAGAACGGAAGUGUCAUUUACUUUGAAUGAAGAGCUUGCAAGCAUCAGUGAUAUUGGAGGAAAGCCUGCUUCAGUCAGUGCACCAAGGGAACAUCCAUUUCUUCUGCAAAGUGUGGGAGGACAGACCUUAACAGUGUUCACAGAAACUUCAGUAGAAAACCAAUCAGAAGAAAAAUCAGAAAGCGGCAGCGUUGAUAAACUUGCCUUGGAAGGAAUAGUGGUGCAACGUGCUGAAUGCAGACCUGCAGCUAGUGAAAAUUAUAUGAAGCUGAAAAGAUUACAGAUAGAAGAAUCUUCUAAACCUGUAAGGUUAUCACAGCAGCUGGACAAAGCUGUAACCACGAACUAUAAACCAGUGGCUAAUCAUCAGUAUAAUAUUGAAUAUGAGAAGAAGAAGAAAGAAGAUGGAAAAAGAGCUCGAGCUGAUAAACAACAAGUGUUGGACAUGCUUUUUUCAGCCUUUGAGAAACAUCAGUAUUACAACAUUAAAGACCUGGUGGACAUAACCAAACAGCCAGUGAUAUAUUUGAAAGAAAUUUUGAGAGAAAUAGGCAUCUACAACGUGAAGGGGACACACAAAAAUACAUGGGAGCUGAAGCCGGAAUACAGACAUUACCAAGGAGAAGAAAAGAGUGAUUAACAAAAAUAUUUAUGAUGUAAGAGUGAUUGCACUGAGGGAUCUGUAGUGUUCACAGAGAGGACUGAGCACAGUGCAAUUCUGCAAGGAUAAAGAUAAAUUAAAGCAGCUGAUACUUUGUAAUUUUCUGUAGCUUUUUUCCCCAAGGAAUAUUUCUUUUAUGUUUCUAUAUAUGCUUUGUGUUUUAACAGGAAAAGUUUAUAGAAUAAAUUUGUAUUAGAUUUACCUUUAUUAGAAAUCUUCUGAGUUCUCCUCUUAAUUUUUCUUUGUAGCUUUGUGGCUUUUCUAAGUCUUGAUAACUUUGAUGGAAAAUGUGUCUUAGAGGAAACCAUAACUUUGUGGGUUUGCAUUCCAGUGUAACCAGGUAAAUACCCUUGGUUCUGCUGGGAUCUGUCAGGGCUUUUUCUGGAAGCCUGCAAAUGUGCACAGCUCCUCUGUGCAGGGUUUGUGUGGAAUGGACAUGCUGCUCCUCCUGGUAUCAGGCUUUAGGAAGAACAGUCACAACCAUGCUGCUCAUCACAAUCCUUAGACUCCCUGGGAACAAACCAAUGCAGUUAAAAACCCAUAAAGUCAGUGGGAAGAUGUCAGUUCCCUCCAUGUGAUUACUGAGAAAAAAAUGACGUGUCUGUUAGGUACAAGAAGGAAUAGUUUUCUCUUUUGUUUGGUUUUUAUGCUGAUACCUAUGUUCUGUUUAAGCAUAUCAAUAAAAGUAUUGUUUUAAUUUGUACCACACAA